AUGGAAGAUCUUGGGGAAAAUAGCAGUAAAACUGUACAAAUAGAGGAAAAUAAUGCGUCUUCUACAAAGAGAACGCGUCUGGGUUGGAAAUCCAGAUGUAGAGAGAUGCAAGGAGUUCGCUGGAAUAAGAAAUCCAACGCCAAUCAGAAUAAAGAUAAUGAAAGAAGAAACUAUGUGGAAGGAGUCCCAUCAAAUCCCGAAUUUGAAGAGUAUUACAGGGCUCAAAAAAUAUGUAAAGACGAGGAAUGGGAUACAUUCAUGGAAUACAAUCGUAAAAUGUUGCCAGUUUCAUUUAGAUUGAACACAUCGGUACCACUAUGGAAGCAAACCAUAGAAAAACUGAAGGAAAUGGUAUCUGAGGAUAGCGAACUAGCCUUGCGUCAAUGCAUAGAUUAUUCUCCAGAGUAUCUAAAACCUGAGGAUUGCAUUUUUUACCAGAUGAAAACGGAUAAAUUUUCACUACGUAAAAAUGAAAGUUUUUCUAGACUCCACAAAUUUAUAAUGUCUGAGGAUAAUAGAGGUUCAUUAUCUCGUCAAGAAACUGUUAGCAUGCUUCCAGUGCUUUUUCUUGAUCCACAGCCUAAUGAAAACAUUCUUGAUCUAUGUGCAGCACCAGGAAUGAAAUACUUGCAAAUUAUAGAUAUUGUAGAAAGUAAACUCCAAUUCUUAGAGAAGUUGGAUAGCUCUAAAAAUAAAGGCAUAAUAAUUGGAAAUGACAUAUGUCAAAACAGAGUAUCUACGUUGUCUCAUCAUAUGAAAUCACUUAAUUCUCCAUCUUCUGCGAUUACCAAUUACGACGCUUCAAGGUUCCCGUACCUAUAUAACUCUAACGGGGAAAAGAUACUCUUCGACAGAAUUUUGGCAGACAUGCCAUGUAGCUGUGAUGGUACCUUGCGUAAAUCUAUAGAAAUAUGGAAGACUUGGAAACCUACAAAUGGGUUACAUAUGCAUAAAAUCCAACUGUCAAUACUCAAACGGGCCAUUCAGAUUUUGAAGCCAGGUGGAUUGUUGAUAUACUCAACUUGCUCGUUAAAUCCCUUAGAGAAUGAGGCUAUUGCAAGCUAUAUAGCAUCGGAUGAGGGAAAGGAACUUGGCGUAAGAUUAGAACCGUUGAAGCAAAUUAAGGGAAUGAAAUAUGCUACCGGUGUUGUAGACUGGUUUGUCCCUAAUCCCAAUGGUGGUCAUUUUGAAAAAUAUGAGCAAGUUGAUAAAUCAUUACACAAUCGCAUUCUUCCUUCAAUGUUCAAGUCAGAAAAUUGGAAUGCGGAGACUGCGUCACUAGUGCGUCGGAUUCUUCCUCACCAUAAUGACACUGGUGGUUUCUUUAUUUUUGCCAUACGGAAGAACACUUCAGGUUAUUCCUCCUCUGAUCAAUUAGAAGUUCCCGAUCCUGUUAAGACAGAUACCACUGAUGUGAUUUCGGUCGAAUCUCAGAAAGAUUCCAAAAGGAAGCAUGCUAACGCUGGAAAACUAUUACACGAGUUCUGUUUAUGGAAAGAAUCUGAUGAAGAUUACAGCAAUGUGCUGAAAUUUUACGGAAUAGACAAGGAUGCGGAUAUAGUUGAUCAGAUGAUUGUUAAGUUAUCGACAAAAAAAAGUGUCUACUUGUUUUCCAAAUCGGAUGUCGUUUACAGGGGUUAUAAGCGUAAGAAUUCUGGCGAUUCUAAUAACAGAUAUGAAUUGUGUAAAUAUGCAUUGGCUGGAACGAGGAUAUUCACGCAAUUAAAGUCAAAGACCAUACCAGUGAACUGUGAUUUACGUAUAACGCAGGAAGGAACAAAAGUACUAUAUCCUUAUUCUACAAGGCGCAAGUUAUUUUGUAAUCUUGUAUUUGGGAAACUUAUUAUAAAGGGGACAAUAAGCAAGGAUGUCCUGUUGGAAGCAGAAUCAAACAAUAACUUGGCAAACUUGGAUAGUUGUAAAGGUGCAGGCGGAGAAUUAGAAAGUGGAGGCUAUAUAUAUAUGUACAAAGCGAAAUAUUAA